UAUGCAAAUUAGCCCGGGGCAGAGAUUGCCAUGGUCGUGUGUACGUAGCGGUCAUGAACAUAAACACCCUAGAGAUUGAUUUGAUAUUGCAUCAAUUUAGAGGUCUUAGGAAAGUACUUAUCUGUGUUUAGCCCGUUCAUGCUCACGCAGGACUGACAGACAGUCUGAACUCGUUCCAUCACAAACAAGGAAGUGGGAUCACUGCGGUAUUUCAAGUAGGUCGGAUGAAAUGGCACAUUCAGGUGUGGCUCAAGAAGACUUACAGUGCCCUAUAUGUAUGGAGUUCUUUGAUGAGCCCAAGCUGCUGCCGUGUGGACACAGAAUUUGUUCAGCAUGCCUCAACAAGUACGUGCAGUCUUUAAAUAUGCAAGGCUGUACAUGUCCAUUAUGUAAGAAGCCUUUCACGGGAAAUCAAGAACUGCCAAUUGAUCACAUCCUCCAGGAUCUGAUCAAGGGCAGAAAAAGCCUUUCGUACGACAAGUGCCAGGUCCAUGGCUUGCACCAAAGUCGCUACUGCUGUACCUGCACUAUGCCUGCAUGCGCUGAGUGUGUCAUCGAAACCCACCGACAUUGUAAACAGGUGCUUCCUAUGGAACGUGCUCUAAGGUCAAUGGAAGCACACAUGCGAAGAGUCUCAAAAGAACUGGAUAAAAUCAUCGUGGAUAUAAAAUCAUCGGAAAAUAUGGCUUCCUCCAAGAUGAAAGACUUAUUGCAGGAGAAUGCUGAGGCAGUGGAACAACUGGAAAAGGUCAAGGUCGAUUUCAUGGCCCAUAUAACAAAUAUGCAGGCCUCCCUAAAUCAGGCAAAUCAGUGCAAUGUCACACAGCUCCAGGAAUAUAUAGGAAGGGCUAAGAUCCUCGUGUCAAAGGCCGAGGAAAUGAACAGUGAUUUGAAGGCAAGUUUGAAGAGCGGAUCAAUAGUAACACUUGAAGGAAAGCAGGGGUUCCUGCGCACAAAACACCAACGCUUGAAGGAGAAGUUGAAGCUUAAAAGGCAGGUGACAGAGAUGCCAUCAGUAGAAAUGGGACAUAUUACUUUCAGGAAUGAGAACUUCCAGACUGUCAAAUCAAAUACUUGUCUUACAUACAGUAUAUUCAUAGUGAAAUUAUUCAUAAUCUUAAUAUAUUUAUUAGUGUUUGCAAUGAUAGUGCUUAUCUCCUACGAACGUUUUACUCGCUGCCGUGUGUUUUAUCUUCGUCCAAAAUGGAACAUAAGUGAUCUUUGCCGUUUCAUAUAUUCUGCAUAGAAAAUAUUUCGUCAGAUGAGAGACACAGAACUGACGAGUGAACUACUUCUAUCUACAGCUCUUUAGAAAUCUGAAAAAGGCAAUUUUUAAUGGUUCUCACGUGAAAGUUGGCAGAUUGACAUAUCUUGGUUAUAUGAUGUUUUAUGCUGAGCUGCUGGUCUAAAGUCACUCCAAGAUUUCUCACCUUGGCAGAGGCUGUGAUAGGAUACCCUGCAACAUCGAGUUGGUGAAUUGCGUUGCAGAGUGAGAUGUUAUUCUUAGAGCGAGUAUGGUUAGUUCAGUCUUCUCCUCGUUCAGCUUGAGUAGCAGUGGUGUCAUCCAAGAUUUUAUGUCUGUACAGCACUUUUCAAAGGAUGCUCUUUUCACUAAAGAUCCUGAAGUUGGAAAACCAGAAUAUAACUGGUUGUCGCCUGCAUACUGAUGCUGACCGAGAUCAUGAUAGUCUGCGAUAGAAUUGAGGGAGUUGAAGGAGUAGUGGGCCCAGUACUGAGCCUUGGUGAACACAUCUUUUAAGCCUGGACUCUGGAGACUCGAUUGAUAUCAACGCACUGGGAUCUGUCAGAGAGAUAGGACAUGAACCAAUCCAGGACACUGGAGUUUAAGCCAAACUGUGAGAGGAGACAUGUGGUGAGAAUACUGUGGUCGCCGCCGGUAUCGAAUGCUGCAGACAGAUCCAGUAAUACCAGAGCUGUAACAUUGCCUGUCCAAGGAUUUAAGUUCGUCAUCAGUAACUUUGAUAAGCAGUUUCGGUACUAUGAACCGUUCUGUACGCUGAUUGAUGUUUCUCAUAAAGGUCAUUGUUGACGAGAUACUCUUUAAGGCGGGUGGCAACUGCCAUCUCUAUUACCUUCGAUAGGAAUGCCAGGUUAGACAUUGGCCUAUAGGUCUAUUGUUCUUGUGCAUGCCACCUUUCUUUAGCAACGGUGUGAUAAUGGCUCUCUUAUUCCAUUAAAAUGCAAAGCUUCUCUAAUAUCUAAUGACAUUUUCAUGCACUUUUUAAGUAACAUGCAUCUGGCAAAAUAUCCACUGUUUGUAUGCUUCUGUGUUCUGAAGUAUUCAGUUUCGUUAUAGUCGUGAUAUGGAUUAAGUUUCAACUAGCAUGUAUACAAUUGUCACUGUAACAUUUCAUGUUCCAAAAGUGUCACGAGGUUUUCCACCCUUGUUGGUGCGCAUGUUUUCUGCGCAGCUACGUAUGUGCUCCCGCCAUCGUUCUGAUACAUCUUACAUGUAAAUGUACAUUUGUGCAGUAUACUACAUUCGUGUAGUAUAGGUCACUCUUUCUAUACAUAUAUCAUAAUUUACUGUACAUAGUCCUGUAACGAAGCUUUUGCCUAUGUUGUACGGCAAACGAGCACAAAUUAUGUCAGCGGCCAGGUUUAGUUAGGAGGGAGUUGUUUUCUCUGGCCGGGCCUUGAAUUUUCAUAAAGACGGAAUGAGUUGGAAUCAGGACAUCCAGUGACUGCGAGGCCGAAGUGCUACUGUUUGUCUCCUGAUGAUUACCGCUGAAGUCUCGACCUGGAACCUUGGGUUCAGUAUGUGAAAGAUAGUCCUGUUUAUGUACUGUUGGAGUUACAGUUAUGUACUGUUGGGGUACAGUUUGUCUUUAAUCUUAGAUAAGCGCCUGUGUUUUUCUUUGUAAAGUGCAGGGGCGUAGGAACGGUUUUUCAGAGCAGGGGGCUAAUUUAUGAAAGUUUUGAAAAUCAAAAUGAAAUUGUAGUUAUGGUAAAGGUAGAAAUGGUUUCGUCUUGAAAAAGGGGCCUAAGCCUCCCCGAAGCCCCCCCGUUCCUACGCCCCAGACGUGGGCUCAUUUAUUAGCGUUGUAGGAACUGUUGUUCCUUGAUUAAUUAACUAUUGGGGUGUGAUAAUUAAUUGAGUUAGCCACACCACUUUGACUUUGCAUUAUAGUUCUAUUGUACAUAUAUUAACUUCCGGGUAUUAACUUCCGUAGAUUUGUGAUAGGGACAUGUAUACGUAGCCUUAUGGCGUGAUAUCUUAGUUGAACUUCCGAAAUCAGAUUCAUCCUUUUUCGCUAUAACGCAAAAUGUAACAGUUUGAAGCUUAGUCCUUUAAAUUUAAAAUAAAUACUGACAAAUAAAAAACCUCUUUGAUAUA